AUGGGUGGAGGUAACGCAGAGCAGCCAAAGGGUAUUCCUCUCCAGGAAGACGCUUCUCGACCAGAUUAUAUCAACGAAGCUGUCUUCAGAAGAAACACCCUUCCCACCAGAUCAUACCAUAUUCCUGAGACAUCAAUCUCACUCAACGGAACAUGGGACUUUGCUCUGUCUGGAACAGCCAUUGAGGCACCCGAGCCCAGCUCAAAAGACAUCACAUAUGGACCAAUUCAAGUUCCUGGUCACUGGCAGCUUCAAGGUCACGGAAAGCCAUGGUACACCAACGUCCAAUAUCCCAUCCCCGUCUGCCCACCCUAUGUUCCUACCGAGAACCCUACGGGAUCGUAUCGCCGUGACUUUUACGUCCCAGCAGGAUGGGAUACAGAUUCACAGCUCAGACUGCGUUUUGACGGUGUCGAUAGCGCGUAUCACGUUUUCGUGAAUGACGUUUUAGUUGGAUAUGCUCAAGGCUCAAGAAAUCCUUCAGAGUUCGACAUCUCAGCCUUCGUCAACCGAGAAGGCGCAAACGAGCUGUUUGUACGGGUUUACCAGUGGUCUGAUGCGACAUACAUCGAAGAUCAAGACCAGUGGUGGCUUUCUGGAAUCUUCCGUGAUGUCUACCUCAUCUCCUUCCCAGCUGCGCGAAUUGAUGACUUUUUUGUCAAGCCUGAUCUUGACAGCAGCUACGAGAACGGAACAUUGACUGUCUCAGUCGAUCUCUCUACUACUAAGGACGCAGUCCUUGAGUUCACGCUAUCCGAGCUGACCAAGAACGGCGGGGCUGUUAUCAACUCUACCAAGACCUCUGUCGAUGGAAAGUCCAGCAAGGUUAAUCUGACGCUUGAUGUCAAGGAUCCUAAGAAGUGGACUGCGGAGACGCCUUACCUCUACUCAGCUGAGCUCAAGCUCUCUGACGGGGAAACUGUACUACACAAGGUCCAGCAGCGGGUGGGAUUCCGCAAGGUUGAGCUUAAGGACGGUCUCAUGACUGUCAACGGAAAACGCAUCCGCCUUCGGGGCGUUAACCGCCACGAACAUCACCCCCUUCUCGGACGUUCCGUGCCUCUCGAGUUCGCCAAGCGUGAUCUUCUCAUCAUGAAGAAGCACAACAUUAAUGCUCUUCGUUGUGCCCAUCAGCCCCACGACCCGCGUGUCCUAGAUCUCUGCGAUGAGUAUGGUCUGUGGGUCAUGGCAGAGGCCGAUCUCGAGUGUCACGGCUUCUACGACGCUGUGGCGCGACCUCUUGACAUUCCAGAAUCUAUGGACUACGGUGAGCGAAAGAAGCUUGCUUUUGGAAAGGCUGCACAGUUCACCUCCAACAACCCUGACUGGAAGGAGGCCUAUCUUGAUCGAAUCAACGCUGUGCUCAAUCGUGAUAAGAAUCAUGCCAGUGUUAUCAUCUGGAGUUUCGGUAACGAGGCUUUCUAUGGUGAUAACCACAGGGCCAUGUUCAAGUACGCUACCGAAACUGACCCUUCUCGAUUGAUCCACUAUGAGGGAGACGAACAGGCUGAGACUACACACAUGUACAGUUAUAUGUAUCCCACAGUCGACCGUCUCAUCAAGUACGCCAAGGAAGAAGGCGUCAAGGAUGGCAAGUUCGAGAAGCCUAUCGUGCUCUGCGAAUACGGUCACGCUAUGGGUAACGGUCCCGGUUGGCUCGAGGACUAUGAGCAAGCCUUCCGUGACUACCCUCGUCUCCAAGGUGGCUUCAUUUGGGAGUGGGCUAACCACGGUUUGUGGAAGGAUGAUCACGAAGGCGCUGGCUACUAUGCUUAUGGCGGUGAUUUUGGUGACACUCCUAACGAUGGCACCUUUGUUAUGGACGGCCUGCUCAACAGUCAGCACAAGCCUACGCCUGGCUUGGUCGAAUACAAAAAGGUCAUCCAACCGGUUGGCUUCUCGUACUCUGCUGGUGAAUUGAAGAUCGAGAACCGUCAUGACUUUGCUGGCCUGGAGCAUUUGACCGCUUCCUACAAGAUUGAACAGCUUGGACAAGAGUCCUCGUUGAUCCAGUCAGCGUCCUUUGAUGUGCCCGAUAUUCCAGCUGGUGAGACACGCUCUGUCUCUCUUCCCGUUGAUGAUAAGAAGUUCAACAAGGACAGUGAGGUCUACCUGACUGUGACUCUUUCCCUCAAGCACUCCACAGCCUGGGCUCCCGCAGGACACGAGAUCGCUUGGUCGCAACAUCAACUCCAGGUCCCUCAGUCGUCCGCCAAGAACACUUCUGUUGCGAGCAACACUCUUUCCUCCAAGUUAGAGGUUUCUGAGAAGACGUCCACCGUGACAAUCUCUGGAAAGGAUUUUGAGUUCACCUUCAACCGUGCUUAUGGCACAUUGGAGAGCUGGGUCUCAAAUGGCAAGACAUUACUCGAGUUUGAUCCAAAGACUAAAGCCGCUAUUAUCCCAUCCUUCUGGCGACCCAAGACCGAUAACGAUGUGCCUGGCGCCGUUCCUUACUGGCAACGAUUCGGCGUUGAUCAGCUUGAAUCUCAACUUCGAUCCUUCACUGUGGAUUCAUCAAACUCGGAUAAGGUUGUUCUGAAAUCGAAGACCUUUAUCACUCCCCCAGUACUCUUCUGGGGAUGGGAUUGCGAGAUAGAAUACACGGUGUACUUGAACGGCGCACUGAGCGUUAAUGUCGCCCGUCUAUCUCCCCAAGGAUCCGUUCCUGAUCACGUCCCGAGAAUUGGUCUCAAUCUGUACGGCAGCAAGACACUUGAGCACGUCAAGUGGCUCGGACGUGGACCCGGAGAAAGCUACCCCGACAAGAAGACAUCUCAACGCGUCGGCAUCUGGAACGUCGAGUCCAUUUCCGACCUCCAGGUCCCUUACGAUGUUCCACAAGAAAACGGAAACAGAGAAGAUACCCGAUGGGUAGCGCUGCGUGACUCCAAGUCGCCUAGUGUCGGUCUCCGUGCCACUCGCUUAGACGGCGCACACUUUAGUUUCCUGGCUUCUAACCACAGAGACUCAACUAUCCAGGACGCAAAGCAUCCUCCCGAUCUGUUUGAAGAGGAUGUGGUGUUCAUCAGGCUAGAUCACAAGGUCGCGGGCGUAGGAUCGGGUGCUUGUGGACCAGCUGUUCGUGAGGAUUUGAUGGUCAAAACUGAGGAGACUACUUUCGGUUUCUUGCUAGAGCCGCUAUGA